AUGGAAUUGAGAAAAGAUGGCAAUGCAUUUGUGUUGAUGAUGAUUCUGCUUUACGCGUUUGCUAUUGGAAGUACAUGGGGCAUGAGGUCGAGAAAGGAAAUGCUUUUUGGCAAUGAUUGUUCAGAGAUAACUGAAGAAAUUGCAGAACUGGCUUGGAUCCAUUAUAGGAAAGCAUUGAUCAGCAAGAACAAUUGUUUUAAAGGUUUCUGUUUCUAUUUACCAAAGGGAGAAACUACAAAUUCAAAGUCAAUAUACUCGUGUGAAAGUUUUUGUAUUCGACCAUCCUCUCUGAAACAAGAACUUGUGAAUUGCCUGAGGAAAAAAAAUAUAGUCUCUCCUCUUGUCCAAUGGGAUAUCCCCAAAAGUUGUUUCACCAUGUGUUUUGAGUUUCUAGCUGGUGAGUCUCAUGAACAGAUAGUGAUAAGCUCGGUUCCAUAUCUGGUUCCUAAGCUUGCAAUAAAAUCUCGAAAGUAUAGUCUUUCAACACCUACCAGUUCUACAUCCUCAUAUCCAUUGCCUCAUCCAUUCUUCCAGAGGAAGUUACAGCAAAAUCAACCAAGUUCACAUGCUCGUAAACUUCAAAACCACCAAGCUGCUGAUAACAUUGAGAGAGAAAUUUUUAUAGCUGUUGUAGCGACUGCGGCAACAACAUUUUUUUUUGUUGCUUCACUUUUCUGCUGCUGGUUAUGUUUUAGGUCUAGUGAAUACAGAACUGGACCUAGAAUUGGACAGAGGGAUGAUAGGCCACUCCUCCACUUAAGUGGUCUCUCAGCUAGUUCUUCGCAGAAUUCUCCUAGUUUAAGAAGAUCAAGUUUUAAGGAGUACAACUUAAAUAGCGAAAUGAGUAAUUCUUUUAAGAGUAAUUUCUCAGUAAUGAAUGGAAAUUUCGAUCCAUCUGUAGUUGAGGGUGGUCCAUCAUCAACAUUCAGUGCUGGAGAAGCAUUCCCUCCUCUAAAACCUCCUCCUGGGAGACGAGUUCCACAAGCUCUACAAGGUCCACAAGCUCCACAAGUUCUGCAAGCUUCACAAGCUCCACAAGCUCCACAAGUUUCACAAGCUCCACAAGCUCCACCACCUCCUGAACCACCACCAGCUCCUCCUCCUAAGCCACCACCAGCUCCUCCUUCUAAUCAUCGUCCCCCACCACCUCCUCCAAAAGUUGGUCGUGCUCCACCUGCUCCUCCACCAAAGGCUAGCAUAAAGCCUUCUCCCCCUCCACCACAUCCUAGGGGAGGUACCGGUUCCGGCUUAAAAGAUGAUGAUAAUUCCUCUGGACCUUCAAAAACCAAGUUAAAGCCAUUUUUUUGGGAUAAGGUUAUGGCUAGCCCUGAUCAAUCAAUGGUCUGGCAUGAAAUCAGUGCUGGAUCAUUCCAGUUUAAUGAGGAGAUGAUGGAAUCAUUAUUUGGUUAUAAUGCUGCAAAUAAAAACAAAAAUGAUCGCAAAAGGAGUUCAUCUGAAUCUUCAAUCCAGUUUAUACAGAUCAUUGAUGCCAGGAAAGCACAAAAUUUAUCGAUUCUUCUACGAGCAUUGAAUGUGACCACAGAAGAAGUCAUUGACGCCUUGAGAGAAGGUACUGAACUUCCAUCAGAGCUCCUUCAAACUUUAUUGAAGAUGACAUUGACAUCAGAAGAGGAAUUGAAGCUUAGAUUAUACACAGGUGAUCUUAUGCUACUAGGUCCUGCAGAGCGUUUCCUCAAAAUCUUAGUUGAAAUCCCAUUCGCUUUUAAACGGAUGGAGUCAUUGUUGUUCAUGAGUUCUCUUCCAGAAGAAGUAUCAACCAUCAAGGAGUCCUUUAUAGCUCUUGAGAUAGCAAGUGACAAGCUCCAAAACAGUAGGCUAUUUCUAAAACUAUUAGAAGCAGUUUUAAAAACUGGUAAUCGCAUGAAUGAUGGUACAUACCGUGGUGGUGCAAUGGCCUUUAAGCUUGACACACUCUUGAAACUCUCUGAUGUGAAGGGAACUGAUGGCAAGACUACACUCUUGCACUUUGUUGUUCAAGAGAUUAUCCGUUCUGAAGGAUUACGUGCUGUCCGUAUCGCAAGGAACCAGAGUGUUUCUAGUACAAUAUCAGAGGAUUUGGUUGAGGAAUCUAAUCAGUCAUUAGAACAUUAUCGUAACCUGGGCCUCAAGGUGGUUUCAGGCUUAAGCACUGAACUACGAGAUGUAAAAAAGGCAGCAGCAGUAGAUGCUGAUGGCCUAGCAUCAACAGUGACCAAACUUAAGCAAUCGCUAACAAAAACUAAAGCAUUUCUUGAUACUGAAAUGAAGCCUUUGGAUGAAGACAGUAAAUUCUAUAGUACAUUGAGUAGUUUUGCGGACCAUGCAGACUCAGAAAUCGCAUGGAUAUUAGAAGAACAAAAGAGGAUAAUGGCUGUUGUGCAAAGAACAGCAGAUUAUUUUCAUGGGAAUGCAGGAAAGAAUGAAGGUAUACAUUUAUUCUCAAUCGUGCGUGAUUUCUUGGUAAUGUUAGAUAAGGCAUGUAAAGAAGUCAAAGAUGUUAGAGAAACAACGCCAAUGAAGACAUCUAAGAAGGAGACUCCAACACCAUCAACUUCUCUUGAAAACCGUCAACAAUCUGAUAGUAAUCGCCAAAGAUUAUUUCCUGCCAUUGCAGAAAGGCGGAUUGAUUAUUCCAGUUCAGAUGAUGAGAGCUAGCUCAUCUCCUUAGCUUUUUUUCCCAAAGGGUAUGAAAAUAUGUUGACUUAGAAACAUCUUCUUGCUCAUUUUCUAUUGAUUUAUACACUAGUUAUGAGAAGGAAGAUAUGGGUGAGCAUGCAAGCAUCUUCAUGAAAAAAUUUAACUUUGACGAAAAAUCAUCAAACUCCAUUUUUAAAUAAUUUUAAGGAGUGGCUUUUUUCAGGUGGCACGUAGAUCUUGGAGGCGAGUGAUUGAAUGGUACAUAUUGAUAAAAAAGAUUUACAUAUCUCUGUCCUGUCUGUGGCAGCAUAUGUGCAUGUCAUUCUCAGAAGUCUUCUAAUUGAAGCUUAAAAAUUGAUGGAGGUUAUUUGAUUACAAAAAGAGGAGUGAUUUAGAUGUCA